UGAUUGGUUGCUGUGAGCAGCGUGGAUCACAGUGGAGACCCUCAUACAAGUAUGGUCCUUCAGUGGUCGGGAACAGUGCUUCUUUUUCAUCUCACUUUCAUGUGGCGUCUCUGAGGCAGAAGGACCUCCCGUGGGUUGGGGCUGCAAUGGCUAUGCCAUGGCUUUACUGUCUGCAUGUUGCAUUUAUUUGUUUCCUAUGUGUAGCUGAUUUCCUCCAGUCAAAGUCUGAUCUCUGUGAUUCUAGUUGUGCAGCAUUUCCUACCUCUGACAAGUCCUAUCAGAAAGGGGUGAGGUAUACUUACAGAUAUAGAACAGCAAUCACCACAUCAUUGCACGGAUCGAAUGCUGGCAGAAAUGGACUGGUACUGGACUGUGUGGUUGAUAUUGAUGUCGUCUCUAAGUGUCAUCUAAUGAUGCAGAUAAGAAAUCCACAGAUGAAGUGGCUUUCUCCUCAAAAGGAACACUCUGUGCCUCACUUAAAAAGUUUGAGGGAGUCACUGGAGAGAACGCCUGUGAAGUUUUCCCUCCUGGGGGGAAAGAUCUUUGCCCUAUGUAUCCAGGAGGGGGAGCAGGUGUGGACGUUGAACAUUAAAAGGGCUUUUCUGAGCAUGCUCCAGACCUCCCACACAGCCUCUAAACAUUCAGAAAUGGAGACUGAUGUUCAUGGGACGUGUACCAGCUUGUAUGAGAGGCAAGGACCAUUACUGUUGAAAACCAGGUUUCUGAAACAGUGUCACCAAUUGAGACUGGCACAUUUCUGGACCCAUUCCGAAGCUGUAACUGGAGACACGUCAGUGCAAUCAGAGCUACGCUGUGUUCAGGCGUAUGGCUCUGCAGUUAUGGAAGAGGUCAACUGUACCGAAACUGUAUCAAUAGCAACAUGGUCCAAGACCUCAGGGCAGGUGAAGACACAAACUGAGUCAACUUUGUUGCUGCUAAGAGCCCAGCCUGGCACUGUUGCAGGAACAGAUUCUUUAUAUUUUGGGACACAAACCGAUCUGCCGUUUGAGGACGAAGGAGCUGCAAGGCCUAGAAACAUUUUCACUCCUCAAGUCAGUCAAACUAUCCGGAUGUUGUGUAGCGUCACAUCACGUCCACAAGAGGUAUCACAUUGGUUUCUUCAGUUGGCUUUUCAGCUUCGAGAGCUGACUGUACCACAGCUCAAGACACUUUGGCAGGAAAUGUCUUUCAAGUGCCGCAAUGACUGGCAGCCCUUGUUGGAUGCAUUACCUGCUUGUGGCUCAGAAAACUGCAUCAUACUACUGACCGACCUAAUGAAGGGAAAAGAACUGGAGGACGAACAGGCUCAUUCUUUUCUCACCACCAUCGGCCUCAUCCCUAAUCCAUCACCACAGAUCAUACACUCCCUCAAUACUUUAGUUGAUGUUCAAGAGGUGAGAGACAAGGCUCUGCUGGCUGGAUCCUCUUUGAUCCAUCAACUAUGCCAUCAGUCCACUACUCCCUGCAUUGACCUUCCUCAGGUACAGACCUUCAUACAGACACUAGAACAAGCCGUGAAGGAAGGCUGUGAACCACAAAGUCCCACCAAAGUAAAAGAGCUUACUUAUGCAAUGAAAUCUGUGGGCAACAUGGGUCUGGCUGCUUCAACCUUCAUCCCGCUGUUAAAUCACUAUGGACUCAACCACUCAGUACCUUUGGAGCUGAGACUAGUCGCCAUAAAAGCCUUCAGACGUUUUGAUUGCUCAGCUAAUAGGACUUUGUUGUUGCAGCUGUACAGCUCCUCCCUGGAGGCUGUGGAGGUCAGAAUUGCGGCAUACCAGGAGCUCAUGCGCUGCCCGGAUCAGGAUGUGUUUGAAGCGGUGAAGGUGACCCUAAGAAAUGAAAAAUCUAGCCAAGUGGGCUCAUUUGUAUGGAGUCACCUAACUAAUAUACUGAGGAGCGAUGACCCCAUGAAGCAGACCCUCAUUGAUUCUCUGCCUGACGACAUAAUCAGCAGAGAUUUUGAAGCAGAUUUUUUAAAAUACUCUUCCUAUUCAGACUACACGACCACAAAUGGCCUGGGAAUAACAAAUGUGGAAACAACCGUCAUUUUCUCCCCCAAAUCAUUUCUUCCGAGCACUGUCUCCAUCAACCUGACAGUGUAUUUUCAUGGUAGAGCCAGCAACCUUCUAGAGGUGGAUCUUCACAUUGAGAAUGCUCAACCACUUCUGAAGAGCAUUUUAGGUCAGCUGAAUCCCUCCAAAACUGGAGACCCCACUUCCUCAGACCACUCGGCAUCCAAAGAGGCAACGAAGACAAGACGAAAAAUAAAUGAAGAACAUAGAGAAGAGAAAGACUUAUGUUUAUCCAGCUCCAACAGUUAUCUGAAGCAGGCCAGGGCGUUGUUAUCCACAAGGAAAAAAAUGGAAGAAGACGGCCUGAAGUGUUGGGUUGGUGUGAAAGUGUUUGGCAAUGAGCUCAGUGUGUUUACAUGUGACGAUCUCUAUGCUCAAAUCAAACAAAUGUCACUUAGUGCAGCAGGACUAGCUGUCAAACUGCUCAAGGGUCAUGAGGUUCAGUUCAACCACAAGGCUGUGCUCUUGACAGAGGAGUUGGUUCUGCCGUCCUUGUCUGGCUUACCUGUGAAAAUAGCCACUAAUAUGACUUCCUUUCUUUCACUGCGGCUCAAAGGAAACAUCAACUACAGGGAUACGUCUCACUUCUCCCUCGCUGGUUACAUUAAACCCAAUGGUUAUGUAGGCCUGACAGCCAGGAUGGGGGUUGAUGGCACCCUGGGUCAUGCUGCAGUGGAGUGGAUGUCUGAACUAGUGAGCUCCACUAGUCUGGAUGGGAGUGUCCACAUGCAGGAGGGCCAAGAUCUCAGGGUCACACUCAACACUCCAGAGGAGGCCAUGGACAUUGUGUCUCUUAGCUCCCGAGUAUUUCAACUGAGUGGCGAUCGCAGAGAGGAGAUGAAAGGUCCAAAGUGUCGCAUCCAGCAGACAACCUGCACACCAAAGACCUGGUCCAAGAUGGUCGGCUGGCAACUAUGCGCCAAUGCAUCCUAUCCCCUCGCUUCCGGGAGCAUCUCACUCCCGCCCUCAGGUCCCACCCACCUCUCCGUUAGGCUGCUGAAACUGGACAGAGGUCUCCAUUACUACUUGCUUGAGGCUGCCUUCUCAAUGGACCCACUGGUAGAUAGCUGGUUUCCAAAAGAGGCUUCCAUCCACCUCCUUCUGGCUACUCCAAAGUCAUCCAUCCCCAGGGACAUGUCACUUGACCUAGCCUUCAACCCUCGCAGAUUUCUGCUCAGGUUAUCUCAUCCUCUAAAAAGUAUCCUCGUACAAGGGGAACUUGAACAGGAGAGGAGUAUAAAGAGUGCAAAACUUGAGCUGACAAUUGAUGGGGUUCAUUAUUAUGUUAUGGGUUUGGUGGACAAGCAGACACUCAUCUCAGAGCUUAGGACACGCUAUCACUUUGAAGCCAAAAUGGCUGCCAAUAGAAAUCCCAUCAUCCUCUCUGCCAACGUUACCCGUGGAGUAGGAAAAAAGAUGAGCUUUUCUGCCACAGUGAAGAAUGUGUUUGGAGUACCUGCAUCACUUUCAGUGGCCCUGGAGCGAAGGAGGGACAGCCACAGCAGGCAGUACUCUCUAGAGGUCGAACUUUUCUUACCUGGUGUUGUUGGAAGCAGAAUGCUAGGACUCGUGGAGCAGAAAGGCUUGCUGUGGAGUUCUGCGCUUCGCCUCAAAUAUGGUCUGGGCGGUGAUGCCCGGCACCUGCAUCGGGAGUGCCACACAUCCCAAAGUGUGAAGAGUGAGAGGCACGCUAACCUCACGUACAUAGUGAGAGCUGAUCACGAGUUCUACUGUUCCAACACGCCUCCUAUCAACCACAAAAUCUACUUCAGGCAUGAGGAAAGCCAAAGCCAUGUAAAAUCAUCUGUGGAUAUGAGCUACGGUAAACACUGGGAUGAGAUCAACAACAAACACACGCUACUUAUGAGCCAGUCCUUCAAAAAUCAGUCGACGCAAAACCACACUAGCUACACGUUGGAGUUCAAUUUCCAGGUUCCAGAAAAAGAUUUAAACUACCGCACCCAGCUACUGCACUCCUACCUUAGACAGCUCGGGUCUGAGAGUAGUACUCACCUUAAAAUCAACUACAACAACUUGACACCACUUGUGGCUGGUAUACACUGGAAAAGCCCUCCAAAUGAUAACCCACACAAGAAAUGGGAAGCAACGUUUAAUAUGGACACUCCGUGGCUGUACAUUUACACUACCCACAAGCUGAGUAAGCACCAUCGCCACACGCUGCAGCUCAACUCUGAACUGACUGCCAACAAAUGGGUGACUGUCCGCAACCUCGUCCUGGAGGCUUCCUACAGGGACAGAGGCCGCGAGAAGGAGGCCCGUCUCAAGCUCCACACUCCAGCUGUCACAUUCUUACAACUAGGAGGACUGGGCUUCAUGGGAAAGAAGAAUAUGAAAACCUCGUGGUCUCUAAGCUCACUGUGGACUGCACCCCUGAGAGGAGACAUCUCUCUGGAGAUGCUGAAAUCCAGCCUCACCUUGCAGAUGUCCUCCAGCUACAGCAAACAAAACAUCACCGUCUCAGCUGCCCUGAACACCAUUGACAAGCUUUUGAAAAAGAGGCAAGCGAUAUUGAGGGUGAGCUUGUUGGACCCCAAGAGUCGCCCUACUGAGUUUGAGUUUGAAGGGACAAUGGAGGAACUGAAGAAGGACAAAAACAUGUACCAAAAAACAGCACUGCUCCAUCUUAGACAGCCAUUCAAGACAUUUCCUCAGAAGCUUCUCCUUAGGGAGACUUUCACCGUGGACCUCCUGAAAGGCCUUUACAUCCUGGAAUCAAGAGCUGGUUUUUAUAGCAAUAAAGAGAUCAAUCACACUCUGACCGUUGGCUACAAAUUACCAAGCCCUUUUGUUUGCUCUGCACUGAUCCAUCCUUUCAACACAGAAACGUUUCCAUCAGACUCUGAGAUCUGUCUUACCAUGUCCAGCAACCAAACCCAGAAAGACAUUCAAGGAAGGUUGCGAGUCAGCAGCCAAGAGAAGCUGAGUUUCUUUGGGCAAAUUAUAUUCAAUUCAUUGCACACAAGUCAGCAAGCGCUAAGAGUUCGAACCAACAUCACCCAUCAGCUCCAGCUGCAAAUCCCCUCUUUUGCUUUAAUGGAGGGAGAUGUAUGCUGGAGCCCCAAAAACAACACAGACUUUGAUUAUCUACUUCGAGGGAGACUGAAAAUUGAGCGACAGGAGUGUCAACUUUCAAUGCAGCUCAACGGAACUUCAGACAGAAUUCUUCUCUAUUCAUCUCUCAGGCAUCCUUUUAAAUCUAAAAUUCCCAAAUCUCUAGAGGCAAAAGCCACUGCUGACAUGUCCGCACCGGUUGGUAGAGGAAGUAGCUCAGUUCGUGUGAAGGCUGAUGGGAAGGACAGGCUCAUGCUGGAUGCCCAGAUCUCCCACUCCCUCCUUCAGGAAGACAAAACUAUGCUACUGAGGCUGAAUUUAUCCCAGAGUUUGCUGCAUGGGCUCACUGACUUGUAUGUAAAAAUGGCUGCCAACGUGUCCCGACACAGUGUAUCUCUCCAUGGUUCCUAUAGAGAGGGACGUAACACGCUGUUGGCUCAGAUGAAAGGGUCUCUUAAGAACAGCAGUGGUCUACAGCUUGCAGUGUCAGGGAAGAUGAGGCAUUCAAUGGCUAACCUCGCUAUUCUGCCCUGCAUCAUGGGAUUAGAUGGCAUAUUGGGACUGUCUGACACCAUUACUGAAGGACAAGUAAGAGUUAGAGUGGAGGAGACCUUUUUCAGCAUGGAUCUCAGGCAUCAGGAGGAAAAGGAAGAACUUUCUGACAUGUUGGAAACGAAAGUGUCUUUCACCCGUAGCUGGAUGUGUGUUCUGUUGGGGGCUGAGAAUUUCUGCGUCAAUGUGAGUAGGCAACUGGGAAAAAAAGGGACGGGUGAGGUCUACAUCCAGCUAUCUCACUCAUCCCACCAACUAAAUGCCACAGGUCUACCUACUAGUAGUAGUGUCCAGGUGAGUUGGGACCAGGAUGAAAGUGGAUUGUCAGCCUUAGCAGAACUGCAGGCUGGACCUGAACAUUUAAAAGCUGAGUUCAAUGGCAGCAGGACAAACCAGCUUGUUCCACGAUGGGAAAUCCUCUCAAGAUUGCAGCACAGAGUCAAAGCUCUUCAUAAAAGAGGAAUAUCAAGCUCCAUGCAAGCCACAGCACAUUGCCAGAUAAAUAGCACUGGGUUGGACACAGGGCUGUUCUUUCACACAGAAGAAAAGAAAAUGAUUGAUGCCCUUUUAGUUCUUGGAUCAAAAAACAACACUGCUGUAUUCAGAGCAUCUCUCCAGCAACAGAUAAAGCUGCUGCAGGGGAUCAUACCUGUCAUGUUGCAGAUGAACUGCACAGGGGACAUGGCUGCAGACCAUCUAUCUGCACAGUGCUACGGAGACGUGGCAGGUCGCCCAGUGGAGGUACAAGCAUUUCGCUCUCAUAGACGCCAUAACAGGCUCUGCUAUGGUCUGUCACUCGCACACCUGAGCCUCAGUGCAGAAGCUAAAGGCUGUUUGAGUCCUAACGGUCAGGGGGAGCUCAAAGCUACGCUCACACAUUCUUCUGUGAUACUGCUGAGUUAUUAUAGGGUGCCAACGAAAUCAGGCCUCAGGCUGCUCCUCCGGCCUGGGCCUCAGAGGUGGGCCUUGGGGAUCGGGUUGGUGGUUGGCCUGUGGACAACCAACUUGAAUUUGGGACUGAGAGUGGAGAAGGGUGGGCUGUAUGGCUGGCAUGGACAACUUGCUUAUGGGGGUCAAAAUACACUACACAAGGCUGAGAUGACUGGUCGCAUGAGGUCGGAAACCUGGUGUCACAUCUGGGCAGAUGUCAAGACAUCGUGGGAUUCGGUCAACUCCAGUCUGCUGGUGUCUCUGCGAUGCAAAGGGAAGGGGAGGUUAGUCUGGGAGCAGAUUAGAAAACUUAAGGGGGGUGUACUGCAGAAGAAAUCUUUAGUGGCACAUGGACGAGCAGUGAAACAUGGACUGAAAGCUGCUCUUGGGUUCCAAAACCAACAGGACUCAAUCCGUUGUGUCUUUUCUGGACUACUGAAGGACCGGAAGGUUGAAGUGAGCUGGACCUUCCAGCACCAAUGGGCCUCCCUCCUCGCCAUCCUCCCAAACACAUUGGACAUUCAAGGUUCUGGUCAGCUCCAUCACAACGCUCUCACUGGUAGUGCUCAACUCUCUGUCCAAACCAACUCUGCUCAAUCAGACACUACCGUGGCCUUUGAGUCCUCCCCCUCGCUCUGGAUGACGCUUCACCAAAAUGUGUCUCAUGGUGUACCAAGGGUACUCACCGUGGGUGUGAUGUUCACAGCUGGUCAAGCCCAGUUUCAGCUAGAAAGUGAUGAGUGUUCCAUACUUCUGCUGAAUCAACAAAGGAGAGGAGAGGACAGGAAGAGCCACUGGAAUGUUUUUGUUCAUCAGCGAUGUGUCUUUCUGAAGACUCUCCUACCCUCGCAGACAUCAAUGAACAUCACCGUCAACCAUUCUGGCUGCUCUACAAAUCUCAGCAUUGAUCUCCUGGCUCCGAAUGAACAGAAAGGCAGCAUGAUGCUGUUGCUUACCUUUCAGCCUAGUCUUAGUUUGAAUGCAUCAGUCCAGCACUCUAUAGAGGCAAUACAUGCACUGGGGUUUCCUUCUAAUGCAGCGCUGGUCCUUACUGUCUCAGCUACACACCUGCCUGUUGUGAAUGUUGGUCUGGAGAUUGGAAACUGUCACUUCAGUGGCCAUUUGGAUAAGACAGAAUCUUCAGAAGCAGAGAGGAAGGGAUUUUCUUGUAGUGUAAAUGUGGCCCACUAUUGCCCUGUCUUACAGGGAACAUUCAUUCCUGUGACUAUGGUUCUUAAGGGGUCUUUGUCAGGGUUCACAUGCAAGCGUGUGAUCAACUAUUCUGUAAAGGCAGACAACCAGUACCUCAGUUUUGAGCUACGGGAGUGCUGCAGCUCCCCACAUCUCUCUGCAACCCUUACACACACUUUCACAGGGUUGAGCAGCCGAGGCAUUCCUCAGAUGAUCAACGUUGAGGCCACUGCUCCAGGAGGUGCUGAGAAGACUGGGGCUCUGUUCAUAAAAGCUGGAGACUGUCAGGGCCAAUUGAAUGGAUCAGUCUGGCAGGAGAGUGAAGGUAAAUGGGCAGCCGUGGUGGAUGCAAAUUUGGAUGGUAAAAGGAGUUUCCUGCAGCUGGUUGCACAGUCAUGGCCAGAGUUACGUGUAGAGGGUGAGCUCAGGCACAAGCUUACUGCUCUCGGAAAUUUCCCUGAACUCAGCAAAAUUAUAGUCAUUGGCAAACUUGGGAAACAACAAUACGCCACAGAGGCCCUUGUUCUAUUUGAUGAAUGUGCUGUGAGAGCCAGAGGAUUUGUGAUGUCACGUUCUAGCCUGGAGGGGUCACUUGUCUAUCACAACAACUGCAGUGUAAUUCAGGAUUGGGGCAGUCCAGACAUGAUGCAGGCCUUUGGGUCCUUCAUUGUGACCCCAACUCUUGCUGAAUCUCAACUCAACUUGGCAAUUGACAAUGCAGAGUUACAUUCUUCAGUUGGUCUUAAGAAAACAAAGGAACAAAGUGAAGUAUCACUUAAUUUCAACCACACCAUGCCCGUGUUAAAGAGGCUUGGUCUCACGACAAAUACUGAAAUGUCUUUGAGUUCCGGGAAUUAUGGCAAUCAGUCAUAUUAUUCCAGGAUACGCUGCAGUGUUCAGAACCAAAAGUUCAAUCAAGAGAUGACCAUGGAGAAAGCAUUUCAGACAGUUACUGUGAAAAGCCAUUUCAGACAUACAAUGAACUACCUGUAUAAAAUGGGCGUCCCAGGAAACAGUAGUAUCCAGGUGGCGAUUUUGUCCUCUGAAGAGAAAACCCUAUCUGUAAACUCUCGAUUUGGACACCAGCAAGCAGGACUGAGACUAAAUAUUAAAUGUUUUCCCAUGACCAAAGAGAUAAGAGCAAUAACGUGGCACAGUUUCACGUGGCUACAGCAAAGAGGAAUACCACGUAAUAUUGAGGGCUUAUGUUCCACUCAAGGGAUGUCGUCCCAGCUUCAGUCCAGGGCUCAGUUUACAGUAGACGGGCACAAGCAGCUCGACUCGGGUGUGAAUGUGAGCUGGGUUGAUGGACAUCUGGCCGUACUUCUUUCCUACUCUCCCUCACCUUCAAAUCAAACAUGGAAAUGGUUCAGUCUCAACACUGCAGUGACUGCGCAGUUUAAAGGUUCUAUGAGGAGCAUUUCAGUAUAUGCUCAUAAUCAAGACUGGAGGGUUCGAUUGGUUGCAGAUGUUGCCGGCUGGGGGUUACAGGAAGUGUCCAAAGAGGCCAGAAUUACUUUAAAACACACCAAAGAUGGAGACUCCAGUCCUGCCUUUCAAGUUGAAGCCUGGGGAAGGAUCUCUGGCUCACAGCUGAAGUGCUCCAUGGCAGUGAACCCUGAACUCAUGUCCUCCCUUGCGAUCAUCGUCCAAGGGCAUCAUCUGCCCAACAGCAAGGACCUGCUGGUGAAGGUGGUCCAGAGCAUUCCCAAGAUGCAGAUCUACUUGCCAUCACAGCUCAAUUUCCGCUCACAGUUUAACCAAUCUCAGUCCAGUGUCGGAGGUUUGUUGGAGGUGUUGUCCGGCAAGAGGCGGCUGUGGACACUUGGGGAGUUGGCAGUGAUUGACAGCGGAUGCAGACAAUCUCUAGAGCUCAAACACUCCUACCCUCAGUUGAAGCUGCUUCCAAGGAUUGUUGCAGUGAAGACUGUGUAUGAAGCCAGGAACUGGAGUUACCAAGUGCAACACGCAGCCUUGUGGGGAAAGCAGGAGUUCAGUUUGUCGGGUCUUUACACGGCACCCCCAUCACUGGCGAGCGGGAAUCAGACGCUUAAAGUUCAAAUCAAGUGCCGGCCCCGUUUGACCAGUUUGGAGGUGACACUAGAACGCUCCUUCCGAGGCCGUCUGGACAGCGUUUCACUAGGCUGGAUGAGACAUGGUCGACUGGAGCAGGUUAGAGCUCUGAGCUCGUGGAGUCAAUCGAAGGAGAUGAAUGAGACCAAGUUGGAGCUGAACCAGCCCUUCUCCUCAUCGCUUAGCCGGCUUUCCCUUCACACACUCUCACACAGCUCCGAGAAAGAGCAGCGCAGCAUCCAGCAGACCCAUCUGUCUUGGUCCAGUGGAAAGCCCGUCAACAUCUCCAUUAGCCUCAACAAACGAUGGCACCUUAACUCCAGCAGGGAGCAGGCAUGUGCUCUGUUAUCAACCCAAACUAUACUGGGCUCUCCUGUCAAAGGUUGUGUAUCAGUCAGCCAGGAAGGAAGCCUAUUUUCACAAAAUGCUGAGCUAAGAUGGGACAACAGGAGUGUUAAACAAGGCAUGAAGUAUCAGAAAGGCGCACGAGGAAUGCACAGCCUCCAUGUGAAUAUCGGCCUGGACAAGGUGUCUCCUGCACCCUGUCCUUCACAGUCAGUCUUAACUAAAAUCCAAACCAACCUCAGAGAUCGCUUUGAGUACACAGUUUUGCUGGCCCUUUGCCCCCCACUGCCCACUCUGUCGUGGUCAGGAUGCCACAUGCUGCACUCCGGAGAGGAGCUGUUCUAUACGCAGUCUCGUCUGUCAGUAAUGGGCCAACCCAACCUUUGCAGCCUCACGCUCACCCUGACCAACUCAUCCACUGCGCAGAGCUCCAAUGUGACUCUUUUCACUGAGUCUAGGAUGGGGAACUGGAGUGUCGAGGUAGGAGGCAGCAUUUUGUCAUGGCUCCAGGGGUCCGGUCUUCUUGUACGCGCUAGACUGGACCACAGAGAAGAGCUGUGGUUGAAUAGCACAAUGGAGGGAAUAUGUUUCCAGACCACUGCAGGUUAUAAAAACGGUUCUGGCCUGAGUGAGGAUGUUUCUGUUGUGGCAUGUUUGGGGCCAAGUCAAAAUUUCAUCCUGGAUGUACAAAAAGGAGAUGGCAGCAGCCAACGUGAAACUUUGGGAAGUCUGUCCGUGGUAGCAGCCAAUCAGAGGCUGACACUGAGAGCUAGAGGCUGUGUGGAGAGUCUUACUGCAUUAGAGGUACGGAUACAAGCUGUGAGCUCUCAAAUCAGAAACAAACUCUCGGAGAGAAUCAAGACAAUGAAAAAUCUCUUGGCUGAAUUCAGACAACAGUCCAGAGACACCAAGUUGCUCCAAGAUCUGAGUGCCAUGCCUCUGCUUUUUGCCCAGCAAGCAGAGUCUCUUUUGGGACACAGAGGGAAGAGUUUGUUGGCUUUGUGGUACAGCAGCUCCCUCCGACACAUUGUCACCACCAGCUUGCCUCAACGUCUCAGCCUUUUACAGCAUACAUUGCUGCUGGGACAGCUGGAGCUGAGGAGGCCCCUGGCCACUCUUGCAGGCGUGUACCAGGAUGUAAAAGGCCAGCGGCUGGAGACUGUGUGGAGGGAGGCUGUUGUUUUGUGGGCUGACAAAGUUCUGCAGGCCUCCCCUGCUCUGCUGGAGAGUCCCCAGCUAAGGCCACUAGCUCAAGGAAGCAUGGUUACACUCAAACGUGCUAUGGAUUUUGCAGGCCAACACACGUACCACUGGGUAGAAAAUAAGUUGGCAGUGGCUUUUUCCGGACUCAGGAAACAACUGGCCUCACUCUAUAAAUAUUCCCCGAGUGAGUGUUCUGUGGCUGUGUCAAUGUCACUGCCCCCCUUGCGCUGGACCCGUGUGGCAGAGGCUGGUCUGGUGGGGAUCCUUUUAGAAGAGUGGCUCCUUAAGCCGCUACAAAGCCUCACCUCCAUUAGACCCACUGCUGAACUUUAUCGGCUCAAGAGGAAGAUCAUGGACGGCCCAUUUAAUCACCAAGCUCUGCUGGUGGCAGAUCAGUUUGUAGUCACGUUCGAUGGCCAUCUUUAUGAGCUGCCGGGCUCGUACCCACUUCUUCUGGCCCAAGACACCAGUGCUGACCCCUCAUUCACACUUCUUCUCAAUUCACACCCACACAACCUUCUCCUGCUGAGAAUGAAUAACAGCACUGUCAGCAUUCAGCGCAAUGGGCAGGUAAAGGUUCGAUGCAACAACAGUGUGACACACACAUGGCAGAGUGACGGCGGUGUCACUGUCCAAAGGGGAUCACACAUUGUGCAGGUGUCCAAUCACGAUGGUGUGUCGGUCUCAUGUGACCUGAGGCUUGAAGUGUGCAGCUUGACUCUCGACGGGUGGUUGCACGGCACGUCAACUGGUCUGUUGGGCACCAAUGACAAUGAAGCAGGAAAUGACUCACCUUUGCGUGAUGGUUCCCAAGCCAAAAAUAUGAAGGAGUUUUUCUACAGCUGGCAAAUGAACUCAGAGUGUGCAAAACCAACAGCUAAAACAGAACUUGUAGCCACGAGGGCAAUGACAUGUGACUUUCUGUUCUCCUCUCCUGAUUCUCCUCUGAGUUCCUGUUUUAGGGUGGUGGAUCCUGGUCAGUUCUCCUUGAUAUGCGUGUCAAGCUCCUCUGCAGCCCCUUGUCGAUUAGUGUCUGCCUAUGUUCAUCUGUGCCAACACAACUACGUACCCCUGGAAGUCCCUAUCCAGUGUAUGAAAGGAUAAAGAUGGACAACUUUAUGAGGAGCCAAAAUGAGACAUUCAUGACUUUGCUCCUGCAACCGACUCUAAUUUUAAAGCCUGGUUUGAUACAUUCCUUAUAAUUCUGUAACUUUAUACAAACAGACAGAGUCAUUAUGUGAAUAACUAACAGUAGCGAGCUUUUUAUUGUUAAUAAUGAAUUACUGUAUUUUUUUCUCUUCUGUUGUACAAACAAUGAAGAUUAUCAGUGAUCAACUUAGGUGCAGCUCAAUUUUAAUAUUUCAUGUGCAUUUAUUAAAUUCUGUUAUUUGUAA